UCACUCACUCGUGUCAAGUAAAAAUAAAUUAUUUAUGGCCACUGAACCUGCCUGUCACCCUGUGCUAACUACUCUCAGCAAAUAUAGAUUUUAAUUUUCGUAAAUACCAGAAAUACAUAUAAAUUUGGGCAGCCAUGCACUGAUUAGAGGAACAGAUUAGAGGUAAAAUUGAUUGGCGUCCCCGCAGUUUGGGUCGGCCCAUGUAUUUUUUUUAAUUUUGGCUCAGUCCAUCCACCGCUGCCCCUUCCAGCCUUUAACAAGCUGCCUUUUGUCUGCCGGACACGGCUUGGCAGGAUGGCGAACGCGGAAUACCAUUAUCUGCUACUGAUUCCGGUCCUGCUUUGCUGCAAACACAAAGCCAGCUCAGGCUGACUCCACCUUCAGUCUUCUUAGCAAUAUAAAAAAGGUAGAAUGCGUUUCCUCUCUCGCCUUCUCUCUCUCCCACCUCGAAAUCAUACCCCGUCCUCUGAGGGAAGGGAGAUCGGGUGUCUCUCCACUGCCUGUGCUCCGCCGGACGGGCAGAUGCGGGGAUGUAUUCCGCGGGCCUCGAGAUCCUGGGCGUGACGCUCUGCGUGGCGGGUUGGCUGGGGGUCAUGGUGGCCUGCUUCCUGCCCAUGUGGAGGGUGGCGGCGUUCGUGGGCCAGAACAUCGUGGUGGCCCAGGUGGUGUGGGAGGGCCUGUGGAUGAGCUGUGUGGUGCAGAGCACUGGCCAGAUGCACUGCAGGGUCUACGACUCCAUGCUGGGGCUCCCCGAGGAGCUGCAGGCGUCGCGGGCGCUCACUGUCGUCUCCAUGCUCCUCGGCGUGGCGGCCAUCGCCCUGUCGGUGGCGGGAGCCAAAUGUACCAACUGCACUGCAGACAAGGACAGCAAACCCCGCAUCAUCCUGGGCGCGGGCGUCACCUUCAUCUCCGCUGGCCUGCUGCUGCUGGUGGCCGUCUCCUGGACCGCCAACGUCAUCAUCGUGGACUUCCACAACCCGCUGCUGGAGGAGACGCAGAAGCGAGAGUUUGGGAAUUCGCUGUAUUUCGGCUGGGCUGCCUCCUGUCUCCUGAUCCUGGGAGGGGCCCUGCUGUGCUGCUCCUGUCCCCCAAAGGGAGAGCGCUAUGGCCCCUACACGGUGGGCCACUCGGCCGUCAAGCCCGUCUCCUUCUCCGGACACGGCAGGAGAGAUUAUGUGUGAGCAGCUGCAGGACCUCAGGACUCUCAGAUAACUCCCCCAAAAAGGCUUUUCCCGCCUGCUACUGGAGCGACAUGCAUAUACGCGGAACACGGCGUUCGAUUUCUGCAGGUCGAUGGUUUUCCUGCGAAGCUGCUCCGCGAUGUUAUGUCACACGUCACUGAGUCAUUGAGCGGUUGUAAGUUUCAUUCAUUUGGUGCCUUCAAGCACAAAAUGACACAGAUAUGCUGAUUGAACUGCAUAUAAAUCAUUCUGGAGACUUCCAGUAGGGAGAAAACACUGGCUCUCCUGUUCAUGUUUUUAAAAUAAAAUUGAUGCAUUUUGUGUUAUCUUUAGCCUGUUUGCUACACUUUUAAAGCUCCCUGUUUUCUGUUGUACACAUUUAGCAAGCUUCAGGUAACUCAUGCAUGUAAAUAUGUCUAAAGGACUUUUAUGUUUUCUAAAUCACCCACUUUGCAUUCCAAAUGUUUUCAUCCUGCUCUGAAUGUGCGGUUUUACUACUGAGUGACGUAUGUGCACAUGAUUAUUGCAAUGUAUCAUCGACUCUAAAGUGUGAGUAAAACUACCAUAAACUGCU